AUGCUUUCUGAAAAUAUUUAUGCAUUAUUUGAAAAUGCAAAUGCUUCGACGUACUCAGGACCUUUAAAUGAUAUUGUACAACAAAGCAUGCCUUUCGAGAAUAUUUCUGCAGUGUCUGAAAAUGCAAAUACUUCGAUGUACUCAGGGAACUUUGUUUUUCCAAAUACUAAUAGACAACAAAAUAUGCCUCUCGAAAACAUUCUUGUUUUACAAGUUUUCUAA